GUUCUUCUUGCCCUGCUCUUUCCAUUUCCUAAGCAAUGGCGUCUCCCCAUCCGCUGAAAUCACUGCUUCAGCUACAAUUAGCCUCGGAUGCGUCUUCAGUUUUACAUCUGUCCUUUGUGCUGUCAACUCUAUCAGAGGAUUCCCUGUCUCCUUCGCCUCAUCUUCAGAAAUGGACAUCCCGCGUGACUUCCUUGAUUCAUUCAAAAGAUGCCGGAGCCCGGUGGGCUGGCAUGUGCAUUGCAUACCGUACUUCGUCGCUAUCCAAGGCUACGAUGACAGAGUAUGCUCAGAGCUGGGCAGGACUCGCGAUGUCCAUCCUUACAAAACCUGAACCUCUUCCAUUGCUCAAGGCUUCAAUAAGAUACCUUCGACAUGUACUCAGCGCGGCAACCGACGUGCCAGAGUUCCAAAGGCAACUGGCCACUCCUACCGUUCCAAAAUUUAGCCAGGCGCUAGCAUCUAUCGUCGAAAAGGCUGCAGAUUACGAACUCAAAGCUCUAGCGAUUGACACAUUGAAGGACAUGGUUAUUUUGUAUCCUUCAUUAAAUAGAGCCUCGAGUCCCUCUAUCACAGAUAUGUGCCAUCGAAUCCUUAAUGGCUCUGCACCACAAUGCACGAAUAAAUUGCUGCUCCAUAGCGCAGCAAGCCUAUAUGCUGUUCUUCAUUAUACCGGAGGCAAGGUUGGGGCAGCAAACUUGUGGAAGAAGUCUGUGGAUGAGACCCUUCAGUGUCUCUGGGCUUCUUCGAUGGGUCUCAGAACUACAUUUCCAGUAACGAAUACCCCGCUACCUUCUAGCGGACUAUCAGUCGAUGAUCCAGCGCUAGCUAUCGCCCUCAAUCUCGACAGAUUGAAAUGCAGUGUUGUAGCGCUCUGCAGUUUGCUGAGGACAACCGUUCAAAGGCCAGUCCAAGUGCCUAUAGGACGUACAAUGGAGUUCUGUUUAUUCCUGCUAGCUUGCACUGCUGAUGAUGAGAAAGAAGGCCACAUUGACGCAACAGUCAGAGCCCUGGAGCUUGCUAUUGUGCCAGAGUUGCAGAGUUCUGCAUGUGACCUGCUCUGUUGCCUUGCGAAAACCAUUCAGCAUCGACUAACACCAUACGUGUCUCGGCUAGUUGUCAUGAUAACGUAUCAUCUCGAACAAAACCUUCAACCAGAGCGACGAUGUCGACUGCUCAAAUGCAUUCAAGCUUUACUGAGCAAUAGUUUCCCUCCCAGCGGCGAGCUUAGCUCCACGAGGCUCGUCAAAGCCAUUAUGCUUUCUCUCAUGCCACUGCUAUCAACCCAGUCUGAUGCACACCCAAGCGAAACGAAUUCUGGACAGAGAAAAAAAGGCAGGAAACGCAGACGAGAUUAUGAAGGAGACGAGGUGUUUAGACUAUCAAAAGACGUCAUUUGUUCAUCGAUCGCCGAGGAAGAGGCUAUUCUUUGUGCUCUAGACGCACUACAGGUUACAAUGCGAGGCGCUGAGUUGCAACCCGCUGUUCGCUCCCUGGUCUGCCGUGUCCUGUUAUCCUUGUCGCUGUCCUUGCCAUCCAUGUCACGUCCCUCUUUGUCUCAUGACGUUCAUCUGCACGGUUUAGUACAUGCAAAAGUGAACGGAAUGUGCCUAGAGCUAGCUCGAGGGACGACGAGUGCGAUGAGCAGAAGCCUUGGUUUGGUUCUUAAAUCAACUGUGACGGAAGGCGAUGAACAUACCAUGCAAACAAAACUCCAAGUGCAACAAGAAGUUGAUAUUCUUCUCCAUCCUCGGUGUCCACCAUUAGUCCGCCCGCUUCCUCAUGUAGAAGCGCUAUCUCUAUUCCGCGCCGAGGAAAGCAAUGAAGAGCUUGCUGCUCGUACAUCACUUGCCUUGGCUACGGUAUAUGAUGCAAGCGUCAUGGAUAUCACGGCAGACCCUAUCGUGGCGACCCAACCGGUACCGACGCAUUUGCCUAUGCCGACACCAAAAACAACAGCUCCUGCACCAGUCUCUAUAUCACCUCCGGUGCUGGCCAGCCCAAAAACGACAUCUCCGAUUACAGCAGCACCAACAAAACAUUCUGCUGAUGUCCCUUCAGCGAUACCAAGUCGACAGCCAGCAAAAUCUCUGCUGCCGUCAACGGAACUUGUUCCUCUCACGGUAGAACCUCGGAUCUAUCCCAGUGGCGUUGGACGAUGACGAGGAAGAGGAAGCGAUGCCGGCUAUCGAUAUGGAGUCGGACUCAGAUGGUUGAUAGUGGGAUACAACCUUACAUUCGCCUGUGACCUAUUGGAUGGGUACCAUCAAGAAUUACUUCUCCUCCGCUUUGGU